GUGUAUGGAUGGGUUGUAUGGAGGGUGCAGUGUGCUGAGUCUUUGAAUUACUAGAUGUAAAUUUCGUUAAUGAUUUUUUAUGUUUUUAUAGUUGUGUACAAAAGUUAAAUAGGGGACUCGUUAUCCUGAUUAUUGAAUAAUGUUUACUUCAUCAGACUCGUGCUGGUCCUGACAAUGUAUGAAGAAGUUAAAAAGAAGAAGAAAAAUAAACGUUAGUGAGCUACGACUAUUCAUCUUAUAGCAAUGUCACGUCAAGAUAAAAGCAAAUCGAGUGGAUUUUUGGACACAUGGUUUGGAACCAAAAAGAAAGAGAAGGGCCGGGGGAGUGGUGGCCAGCUCCCCCGGCCACACUCGGAGUCAGACUUCAAUGAAGUGGCAGAACAGGAGUUCUUUGUAGAGCAACUUGAUGCUGAUGAAACAUUUCUGAAUGAAAAAUUUGAGGAAAUGCUGAAUGACAUGAACCUGUCAGAAGAAAAGAAAGAACCACUGAGACUUCAACCCACAAUGAACAAGAAGAUGAUGCUUAUCAACCAUUAUAAAGGUUCAUCAGCACAGGAUAACUGCAGUAAAUUCUCAAAACCUGCAGACUACAUCCAGUACUUGAGCACACCUGAUCUCAGUGUCAACAAACUGUAUGGUUGUGUAGAGUCAUUAAGGAUAGCACUUACCAACAAUCCUCUCAGCUGGGUUCAAGAAUUUGGCACAAAGGGCUUGAAACAGGUUCUGUCUAUACUCAAUGAAUGCUAUAGGAACGAUAAUCGAUAUGAUCGUAUCCAGUCAGAAUGUAUUCGCUGCCUUAAAGCAAUUAUGAACAACACAGAUGGGAUAAAGAUGAUGUUUGACCAUAAAGAAGCUCUAACAAUCUUGGCUCGUUCACUGGAUCCGUCAAAGCCCAAUGUGAUGCAGCAGGCCGUCCAAGUGUUGGCUGCAGUCUGUCUCAUCCCACCAGUGGGACAUGAGAGGGUGUUGGAAGCUAUCACCAUGACAGGAGAGAUUAAAGGGCGUGAGAGGUUCCAGCAAGUGGUGCAGGGUCUCAUGGUGAAGAGCCAUCCAUCUCUUAUAGUGGGAUGUCUCCAGCUCAUCAAUGCAAUAGUCGCUACUCCAGAUGACAUGGAGUUCCGACUUCAUCUCAGGAAUGAGAUUAUGAGAGCAGGACUGAUUGAUGUAUUAGAGGGUCUGGAGAAUGAUGCCAGUGGGGAUCUGUUAGUCCAGGUGAAGAUUUUCAAUGAUCACAAAGAGGAAGACUACUAUGAAUUUGUACAAAGGUUUGACAACGUUCGUCUCGAAUUGGAUGACAUCAACGAUUGUUUUGAAGUUAUCAAGAACCUAGUUAUGGACUCUAGUGCUGAGCCAUAUCUCUUGUCUAUACUGCAGCAUCUUCUGUUCAUACGAGAUGAUGCCCUAAUAAGGCCAGCAUAUUAUAAGUUGAUAGAAGAGUGUGUAUCUCAGAUAGUGCUGCACAGAAGUGGUUGUGAUCCAGACUUCAGGGCAAAACGUAGAUUUCAGAUUGAUGUGCAGCCACUCAUAGACACUCUUGUUGAAAAGUCUCGUGUAGAAGAUGAGCGAAAAUUGGAUGAACUGAGGCAGAAAUUAGAAGAAGCUAUUGCAGUUAGACAAGAGACAGAAGCAAAACUUGCCCAUGCUGAGAAAAAGAUAUUUGAGCUGGAGCAGCUGCCUAGAAGUGGCAAGGUCAGUGGGGGACCACUCCCCCCACCUAUGCCAGGAGGUGGAGGGCCACCGCCACCUCCUAUGCCUGGUAUGGCAGGACCACCACCUCCACCAAUGCCAGGUGGAGGCCCACCACCUCCACCAAUGCCAGGGAUGGGAGGUCCUCCACCACCUCCAUUCCCUGGUAUGGGUGGACCCCCACCUCCCCCUAUGCCUGGUAUGGGAGGUCCACCACCCCCACCCUUACCUGGUAUGGGUCCACCACCACCUCCAGGAUUUGCCAUGCCAUCUGCUCCAAAACCUGAUAUUUUGCCCCAUGGACUGAAACCAAAGAAGAAGUGGGAGGUGGAAGGCCCCCUGAAACGAGCCAACUGGAAGGCAAUCUUACCCCAGAAAUUGUCAGAAAAAUCAUUUUGGGUGAAGGUUCAAGAGGAGAAACUUGCUUCACCAGACAUUCUUAAUGGACUAGCUCAAAAAUUCUCAUCCAAGCCUCCUGCAAAGAAGAUAGAUGAUGAUGUAGAUAAGGCUGGCACUAUGAAGAAGGUGAAAGAUCUGAAGGUACUUGAUGGUAAGGCAGCACAAAGCAUUUCAAUCCUGCUUGGAGGAUCACUAAAGCACAUGAGCUAUGCUGAUGUGAGGAAGUGUAUCCUGCGUUGUGAUGACAGUGUAAUAACAGACAAUGUUCUUCAGCAACUCAUACUUUACUUCCCUCCACCUGAUCAGCUGAAGAAACUGGAGGCUUUUCGCAACAAUUACAGCGACCUUACUGAGGCAGAGCAGUUUGCUGUCACGUUAGCAGACAUAAAAAGGUUACUGCCACGCCUGAAAUCUAUGAGUUUCAAGCUCCAUUAUGCUGAAAUGGUUCAGGACAUCAAACCCGACAUUGUGGCUGGCACAGCUGCUUGUGAAGAAGUUAAGGCCAGCAAGAAGUUUGCUCAGAUUCUUGAGCUCAUUCUUCUUGUUGGAAAUUACAUGAACAGUGGCUCAAAGAAUGGACAGGCAUUCGGUUUCGAAAUUAGUUUCUUACCCAAGCUGACAAGUACAAAGGAUGUAGAGAACAAGAUGACACUGCUGCACUAUUUGGUGGAAACAAUAGAGAACAAAUUUCCAGAGUUGCUAACAUUCAAUGAGGAUUUGGCGCAUGUGGAUAAAGCAGCCAGAGUCUCUGUGGAAACAAUACAGAAGACUUUGCGACAAAUGGAUGCCAGCAUCCGGAACCUGGAGGAUGAUCUAAAUAACAACAAGCAACCUCAGGGAGAUGACGACACAUUUACUGAAGUCAUGGGUACGUUUGCCAAGGAUGCUCGGUCACAGUAUGAAAUCCUGGAUAGCAUGUUCAAGAACAUGGAGUCUUUAUAUACUGAUCUCUCAGAGUUCUAUUCUUUUGAUAAACAGAAGUAUAGCUUGGAGGAGUUCUUCAGUGAUGUCAAGACAUUUAAGGAUGCUUUCUUGCAAGCGAACAAAGAUAAUGUGAAGCUACGAGAGACAGAAGAGAAGGUGAGGAGAGCGCGAGAAGCCAGGGAGAAGGCUGAGCUAGAACGAGCAGAUCGUGCAAUGAGAAAGAGAGCGUUGAUAGACAUGAAUGCAGACCAGACACAGGAAGGUGUCAUGGACAGUUUGUUGGAAGCCCUUCAAACAGGAUCAGCAUUCAGCAGGGACCAGAGACAGAAGAGGGCACGACCAAGGGCAGCUGGAGCGGAAAGAAGAGCACAACUCAAUCGGAGUCGUUCUAGAUCUGGUUUAGUAGGUGGAGGCCUUACAGGUAGAGAACUUUCAAGUGAAUUGCUCAGCACGGCGUAGCAACAAUUCCUGCAAAUAGUCAGCAUUUUCAAUUGAUCUUUGGCAUCCGUCCACCUCCAAGUCUCAGCCAAGGUGUAAACAUUCAUGAAAUUGUACAUAGUAUUUCCCAGCAUGAAGAAAUUAUAUAUUUUAUAUUGUUAUAAACAACUAAAGAAGGUACUCUGUUUUUUAGCUUAUGUAUAACAUUUGGUACAACUAGAAAUUGGUAUAUGUUGCCACUUCGAAUGUGCCAAAAGAAAUCAUGGAUACCUUCAUAAUGGUUGUCAUUACUCCAAAGGUGAUUGCAGAUUGCAGAAUCAGUGUGAUGUAAUGUAUAAGUGGUGUGUUGCGCACAAUAUCCAUAGGAAUUCACACAUUUAGAAUAAAUGGGCUUUAUUUAAAAACCACAUUUUAUGUAACAUAUAUGAGUGCAAAUCAUGUGUCCUGACUGUCUUUGUUUGAAGAGAAAUAAAUACCAGGUCAGGUGGUCAGUGUUUAUCACAUAUGAGUCAGGAAAUAUUCAUAAUUGAAGUAGCACAUCAGUAAAACUAUCAUAUUUCCAAUCUUUAGAAUUACAUUUCAUAGCAACACAGUUUCUCUAAUAUUCAUUGAAUUUAAAUUUUUUAAGUAGAAUAACACAGUUGUACCUCAGACUUAUGAUAUAAUGCUUUCCUGAAAAUGGGUCUUUAGUCAAAAAGUCAUAAGUUAACUUCGUUGUAAUAUGGAACAUAUAGUGUUUUGUUCCUGGAGAUCAGGGCUCAAACCACCUUUUCAGUAUUCUAACCCCUAUUAUGCCAUAACUCUGUUUUAUUAUAAAAUCAGUAAAGGGAUAGCAAAUAACAUAGUAUUAAAUAUGUAAAGAUUUGUUGUAUUUCAGCAUCCUGUAGCACUAACUUAUCAGUUAUCACUUAUACACAUGUAAUUCUGUCUCAAAUACGCUUUAUUUUCAUUUAUUCCUCUUUGCUGCUUGUUUUGGCCUUACCUGACCAUCAUCAGGCAACUGUUAUCUUGCUAAAACUGUUGUACUCUAUUUUCCAUUGUAUUGAAAAUGAAUUAGUUCCAUAUUAAAAUAUGUUGUUACAUAGUAUGUGUGACUGUAAAUUGGGUUUGGAUUGUUGAAUGAAUUUAUUUACU